CGCUACAUCUUUGGAGGAUAAAGCGGUCAAGAAAGCUGGGUAAGGCUCAGAAAAGUGGGCACAGCUUCGCUGCCCAGUCCUAGCCAGCUGCCACCUCUUUGCCCAGGGAAUGCCUUUCCUAUUCCGGUGCCGGGCUCGGCCAUCCUGUUGUGGGCUACCUGGCUGGCAUUUGGGGUGGCGUUUCACCUCUUUGAGGCCUGCACCUCCAAAGGCCGUCUGUGCCAGUCUGGGCACCACUGUCUCCAUCCCUUGUGGCCCUACCACUGCGGACCACCGCAACCUCGGGCAACUAUGGCGGCCAAGUGGUUCAAGGAGUUCCCGUCCAACUUGAAAACGGUGUCCGAACGCACCAAGCCGGGUGGCACCAACCUCGGCAAGUUGUGCAGUGCCUCCCGCAAGAGCCUGGGCCCGACCGAAGCGGGCACGGCUUCACUGCCCGGAAAGAACCGUAAAAACUCAGCCACCGAACUGGGUGGCCCACGGGCACUUCUUGGGCCGGGAAAGGAUGGUGGAAGCGGCAAGCUUUCCCGGGACAACCUCCAAGGCCUCCUUCAAGCCGCCGCAGGGAAGAUGCGCAAGAACUCUCGGGUGGAUGGGGCACCUCUGGAGGAUCCUGCCCGGGGGGUGCCCAAGGGCAAUGCCGGCUGUGGGACAUACAUUAACCGGCUCAUCAAAGUGGAUGCCCAUGAGAAGAAUGGGAAAAAUUAUACUGGGAAUGCCCCCAGCCCUGCCCCGGUUCCUGUGCCUGAGCCAGAGAAAGCCAAGCAAGAGACGGUUAUUAUUCUGGAAGAUUACGCUGACCCCUACGAUGCCAAGCGCACCAAGGGCCAGAGAGAUGCUGAAAGGCUGGGAGAAAAUGACGGUUAUAUGGAGCCCUAUGACGCUCAGCAGAUGAUAACCGAGAUCCGAAGACGGGGCUCAAAGGACCCUUUGGUCAAAGCGAUCUUGCUCCUGGAUGAGCCAACGGAGCCUGGGACCAAGGCAGAUCCUGCUGCUAAGCGCUCUGGGGCCAAGCCCCCACAACUCUAUGACACCCCCUACGAACCGGCCGAGACGGGACCCAAGGCUGAGGCUCGGCUUCCGGAGAACGAUGACCGGCCGCCGACCGAGUACGAACAGCCCUGGGAAUGGAAGAAAGACCAGAUCGUGAAAGCUCUCUCAGUGCAGUUUGAUGGGUCAGAAAGGCCCACGGCGUCCAAGAUGGAAGAGACGUCAGCCUUGCCACGGCAGCAACACCGACGACAGAGGAGCUGGCCUUCCAAGAUGGUGAAGCCCACGCCAACGACAGAAGCCGGAGCCGAUGGGGAGCGGGUAGACCCUGCCCUCGCUUUGGAGAAACAGCCUUGGUUUCAUGGUGCCAUCACGCGAGUGGAGGCAGAGAGCCGGUUACAGCCGUGCCGAGAAGCAGGGUACCUAGUGCGAACUAGUGAGACAGGCACCAGCAAAUACUCCAUCGCCCUCAAGACCAGCCAGGGUUGUGUCCACAUCAUCGUGGCCCAAACCAAGGACCACAAAUACACCCUCGACCAGACCAGCGGCCUCUUUGACAGCGUCCCCGAAGUAGUGCAUUAUUACUCCGCCGAGAAACUGCCCUUCAAAGGGGCCGAGCAUAUGACCCUCCGAUACCCAGUUCCUAUUCCGGCCAAGUGCCACUAGCCCUCACCCCUUCGUUCUCAGGACUGUGCCAGUUGGAGUAACAGCGGAGCCAAGGCGUGGGUUAAAGGAUAUACACUGGAAAGUGUGUCACAGCCAUGGGUCUGUAACGGGGCAAAGAAAUCCCCGUCUCUCCCCAUCUUCCAGAAUCCUAGGGGCCAUUCACACUGAAAAAUAACUUGGUGUGGAAAUGGGGUUAUUUCCAUGAAAUGCCACAAUCGAAUCACCCUGUGGCAUUGAUUUGCCACGAUUGUGGCAUUUUAUCUCAGAUUCUGUUCAAAUUGGCAACAUGAUCCUGGCAGGAGGGAGAGGAGGACAGAGAGGAAGAGCAGAGGUGCCAAAGAGAGAGAAGAGGAGGAAGGAGAGAUUCGGAGGUGCCAGGGAGAAAGGGCAAGAAUGGAUGUGCCAAGGGGAGAGAAGAGAAGAGGAGGAAGGAAGGAAUCGGAUGGGAUUGAUUUUGAUGUUCCCAUUGGUUCUUUUCAAAAGAAUUGCAAGAAAAUCAAUUUCAAAUAAAGCCAGGCUAAGGGGGAGUUACACCGCGCUCCCCCCUAAUUCGGGUCAGAAAACCCUGACGCAAGUGAGAACAACCCCCUGAUUCGGGUCAGGAAAACCCAGCUCAAGUGAGAACGUCCCUAAUUUAAAUCGAAUUGGAGCCCAGGUUAAAAUGCAAUGUGAAUGGGCCCCUACUAGUUUGUCUCUUUGCUGCCUUUCUCCCCUGCCUCUCUCCCCGAAAAACAAUAUUGUUUUCUUAGAAUUUCUCUACCUGGCCAAACAGUUUAGGAAUGCGGACCCCAGCUCUGUCCAGUGCAUCCUCUUUCCAUAAAUUGGUUUCUGCAUUUGUACUGUACGUUAAUGAAAAGGGUAGGACCUCUUUCAGCCUGUGAUUCCUAUUAGAUUUCAAAGGAAUCUUUAGCAGUCACAUCCCAGAGGUGGGUGAGGCCAAAACCAAAAGGUACCAUGCCAAAAAUACCAGCCCAGUUUGAGCUUGAAGCUCUAAUUUUCAAUGGCUGAACUGGAGAGGAGCAAUUUUGAUGUUCUAGAACAAAGGUGGGCAACUGGAGAGGCCUCACUCUCUGUAAUGCGGAGACAGAAAGAAAAUGGCAUUGAGGAUGGCACUGGCUUUAUUUUGCCCUCCUCCCUUUGCUAACCCUCUGGGGCACCAGGGAGAAAUGAUGGCUCCCAUGUUUUGGGUUUCAAUCCAGAUUUUGUAAGAGCCAUCUAAGGUAAAUAAAAUACAUUGAAUAAGUUGGCAGACCGUAUCAGAUAUACUUGUUCCUCUACAUUCACUUAGUGCCCAAGACCCCCGUGAAUGUGGAAAAAUGGCAAACAACAAAA